UUCCACUCACACAACACAAGCUUCCGAUCGAGCUCGAUCUCUACUCAUCUUCUUCUAGUUGUUUUCUUGUUCCUAGCUAGUUGGGUACGGUGUAAGAAGUGAUGGCUCGCAUGGCCGUGUCGGUGCUGGCGAUCCUGCUGGCGUCUUGUGCCGUUGCGGCGGCGGCAAGCUUCGACAAGGAGUUCGACAUCACGUGGGGCGACGGCCGCGGCAAGAUCCUGAACAAUGGGCAGCUCCUGACGCUGGGGCUGGACAAGACCUCCGGCUCCGGGUUCCAGUCCAAGCACGAAUACCUCUUUGGCAAGAUCGACAUGCAGCUCAAGCUCGUCGCCGGCAACUCCGCCGGCACCGUCACCGCCUACUACCUGUCGUCGAUGGGGGCGACGCACGACGAGAUCGACUUCGAGUUCCUGGGCAACGAGACCGGCCAGCCGUACACGCUGCACACCAACGUGUUCACGCAGGGACAGGGGCAGAGGGAGCAGCAGUUCCGCCUCUGGUUCGAUCCCACCAAGGACUUCCACACAUACUCCAUCCUCUGGAAUCCCAAGCACAUCAUCUUGAUGGUGGACGACAUGCCGAUCAGGGACUUCAGGAACCUGGAGGGGAAGGGGAUCGCCUUCCCCAAGAACCAGCCCAUGCGCCUCUACUCCAGCCUCUGGAACGCCGACGACUGGGCCACGCAGGGCGGCCGCGUCAAGACGGACUGGUCCCACGCCCCCUUCUCCGCCUCCUACCGCGCCUUCAAGGCCGACGCCUGCGUCGUCGUCGCCGGUGGCCGCACGCGCUGCGGCGCCUCCAUCGGCAAGGAAGCCGCCCCAGGCGGUACCGCCGGUGCCGGGGCCGGCGAGUGGUACAACCAGGAACUGGACCUGACGCGGCAGCAGCGCAUGCGGUGGGUGCAGAGCAACUACAUGAUCUACAACUACUGCACCGACCCCAAGCGCGUCGCCCAGGGCCUCCCCGCCGAGUGCUCCAUGUAGUCCUGGCCGGAGAAAGGGAAGAAAGGCGGCGUCUGUAUAGAUCUCUGAAAUAAAUAAGGAAAGGUGAUGGGAAAAAUGUGUAUUGUAGCCGGUGGUGGUUGGUAGAUUCUCCAGUUUGUUCUUUGUCACGCCAAGUUCGUGUGAUCUUGAUCGUGCUCACGCUCGAUUCGUGUGUAAUACAUGCAUACUCCUCCUGUU